CGUGGGCGCAGCCCGGAGCGGAGCAGGAGGGACGAUGGCGGCGGCGGGCGGGCGGCUCCUGGCGGCGGCCGCGGCCCGCUCGGGGCGGGCGGGCUGGGCCGGGCCGCUGGUGCCGUCCCGCGGCGCCACCGUCACCCGCAGCGGCGCCAUCUUGCCCAAGCCCGUUAAGACCCCCUUCGGCCUCCUCCGGGUAUUCAGCGUCGUGAUCCCCUUCCUCUACGUCGGCACGCAGAUCAGCAAGAACUUCGCGGCGCUGCUCGAGGAGCACGAUAUCUUUGUGCCGGAGGACGACGACGACGAUGAUUAAAGGGAGUCUUUUCUGUAAUUCAGUCCUAAUCAAUGGAACAUAAUAGGAUCCUAAAAGAAGCAAGAGCCCCACAACACAGCCCCAUUAAAAGAAUGGAGUUCAUAUUGACAGUGGCACCGCAGUUCAAAUAACGUUGACUUGAAACCUAGCACUGCGCAGGUAUGCCUGAUAGAGACUGUAGCAUUAAUUUCACCUCGCUGAGGAUUAAAUACAGUAUUACCAGUGCACAGUAAAUGUUACGUAGGUUUGGUAAUGUACAAAGUAGAGAUCAUGAGUAGCAAACUAAGGUGAUGCUUUUCAUAGCAUUUCAUGUGUGGACAGUGAAACUCUGAAUGCUCUGGCUCCAAGUACUUGUAAUGUGUAGAUAGUUCAUUAUUCCUGUGUGAGUCCGGGUAUGUUUAUUUUCUUAACUAUGUGUAAACUUCAGUGUCCCCCCUCUUUUCUUAUAAGUAUUUGCUUUUGCAAUUAAAUCAUCACAUAAUAGA